AUGCUCAAGACACUUCCUCCCAAUGUUAAGAGUCUUUUUCCUAAAGAGAAUCUUGAGUUUGCAGAGAGCAUCAGUGAAGAUGAGGCAAAAAUCUUGAAAGAGGUAUUUGAUAAAUAUGCCACAUUCGAUGAGAUCGGUGAGAUGAUUGAAGCUGUUGAGAAGCAAAAUCCUGAGUUAGCUAAGAGAAUGCGAGAUGUUCUUGCUGGCAAUUGUGCCCGCUUAGAAGGAUUGAGCCCUGCAGCUGUUGACUUUAGCAAAGAGGUAGCCAUAUAUUUUAAUUAA